CGAGUGUUCCGGCAGCAGCAGCAGCAUUAGAGGAAGUCCUCCCCGGGACCCGCCAGCAGCCUGCAGCCGGUUUGGGCUCCAGACUUCCAGCGAAGAGCCAACAUUUGAUCUGAGAAGAGCCGCUGGAGAGGGAAGCUGCGCGGUUCCGGUCUGCUCUUCACGGCCCAGAAACUCGACAAGGACCGAGAGGGAAGAAAAGCAGCUGAAAGAACCAUGUUUCCCUUCAUGUUUGUCCUUCUCCUGGUUCCACAUGUGCUGUUGUCCUCGACACAUGAAGCAGUGAUCUCCCCUCAGGAUCCCGUCCUGCACAUCGGCUCCAGUCUAACAGCCACGUGCACGCUGGGCCCUGAACUCGGCCUCCACGCCAGCACGUUGUACUGGACACUGAACGGGAUAAGUGUGUCCAGCAGCACCUACAGGGUGUUGAGCCCUGACACCCUGAGCGUCACCCUUCACAACCUCAACGGCUCCCAGCAGCAAUCUGGAGACAACCUCGUGUGUCACGGAGCAGAUGGACACGUCCUGGCUGGUUCGUGUCUCUAUGUGGGCAGGCCUCCAGAAAAGCCAGUCAAUUUAACAUGUUGGUCCCACAACACCAAGGACUUGAGCUGCAAGUGGAGCCCGGGGGGGCCGGGUGAGACCCACAUCCAAACCAAAUACACCCUCAAGUACAAAUUGAGGUGGUACGGGAGAGAGAAGGAGUGUGAAGUUUACAACACAGGGAAGCAGCGUUACUCCUGCUACAUCCCCCGCAACCUCGCACUCUUCACGCCGUACGAGAUCUGGGUGGAGGCAGGCAAUCAGCUGGGGUCUGCUACCUCUGACAUCACCAUGCUGGACAUCCUCGAUGUAGUGACCACCGACCCUCCUGCCAACGUGCAGGUGAGUCGUGUCGGCGACCUCGAGGACCAGCUGACAGUCCGCUGGGCCAGCCCCCCCGAGCUCAAGGACAUUCUGUUUCAGGCCAAAUAUCAGAUACGCUACAGACUGGAGGACAGCAGUGAAUGGAAGGUUGUCGAUGAUGUUGGUAACCAGACAUCGUGUCGGCUCGCAGGCCUCCAGCCCGGGACAGUCUAUUUUGUCCAGGUGAGGUGCAAUCCAGUGGGCAUCUAUGGCUCCAGGAAGCCCGGCAUCUGGAGUGACUGGAGCCAUCCGGCUGCCGCCUCUACACCCAGCAGUGAGCGGCUGCAGAGCGGCUCCUGCGAUCCUAAGCCUGGCGAGCAGAACUCCACCCUGCGGCGGGAACUCAAGCAGUUCUUCGGCUGGGUCCGCAAGCACGUAUCCGGCUGCAGCGGGAUGUCAAUCAAACUGUACGAUCAGUGGAGGGUGUGGCUGCAGAAGUCGCACAAAACGCGCAACCAGGUAGAUUCUACAAGACAGUAAUUCAUAGCAGCACCGCUCAGCACCACUGUGGUGUUUAAUUCCAGAACAGCAUCAAGGAAACUGACGGAUAACUGGCCCAGAGGGUUCCAGCUGUGUGAGCGAUACUGCAGUGUUUGGUCAUACCGCCUUAACUUGAGUUUAAAGGGCCCGAGUGGACGAUAACUGAAGUGAGACAAUUCAGUCUUUUUCUGCCAUUUCCGCUGGCCAAACCUUUUUGCUCCGUUUACACUGACACAAAUGUUACAACCUUCAGCAACUGUGCCUUUAUUCGGGAGGGGGGUUAUUACUUAAUGUAAUGCAAGUAUUUGAUAAUACUUUGAUGUCUAACGAUGCUAAAGCAAUGGUAGUAACAUGAGGCAACUGGGAACACAUUAUACAAAACAACCCAAACCUUACUUUCCAAGUCAAGUAACGUUUUGCCAAGUAUUUUUGUAGAGCUGUGGUUUUCUCCAGGCUAAUCUGAAUAUGUGAGAUUUACAUUGUUUUAGUCAUUAGGAUAAUUUAUCUCUACAUCUAAUACUGCUGGAGAUCUGUUUAGAGUAGGGAAUGCAAUUAACAAUUAUGUAAUUAAUGUAUUAGGUUCUUGAUUAAUCAAUUAGAUCAUUUUAUCUAUGAAAUUUCAGGAAAUUGUGAAAAAUACCAGUCACCAUCUUCUUAAGAAGGUGCCAUCUUCAGAUGUUUUGUCUGAAAAACUGCCCCAAAACCCAAAGAUAUUCAAUUUACAAUGCUAUAAAAUCAGAGAAAAUCUGAAUACAGACUACUUGAUUACCAAAAUAGAUAAUUUUGUUUCAGCUUUAGUUCAGUGAAAACAAAAUGUAACAAUCACUUUUAACCCUUCAAACAUUAAUUAGGCAUCAAGUAGCAAGCCACCUAAAAUAAAAUGUAUUAAACCAUUCCUAGUUCUUCAGAUAUUCCAGACGGUGUUGUAAUAAGGCCUUACUGUCUGUAAUUUGUAUUUGCUGUCUAUCAUUUAUUUGACAAACAUUUUCAUACAGUCUGUAUUUUUAUAAAUUUCUAUUUAAAGUUUUUUUAAGUUAUAUUCUUUUACUGCACCAGUACACUGCAAAUGUGGUUCUUACCAAGAUCAAAAAACCAAAACUUAGAUCUAGAAGUGUUAGAUCAUUUAUCUUGUUUUGAGAGUGAAUUUCUUACUUUAAAUGUUCAACUAUACACUAUAAUCUUAAAUCAAGCAAGCUUGUCAAGUGAAAUUAUCUUGCUGCAUGGACAGAUAAUUUCACUUGUUUUGAGUACCUUUUCACUCAGAUUUAGUGUUUUCAGACACC